UGUGAUCAGGGUCGUCUGUUAAGGAAAACAGAGGUGGGGAGAGAGCAUACCCCAGAUGUACUCCAGUCUACGACGGGAGUCACUUGAAGCUUCUUCCGUGGAACAGGGAUACCUUGUCUUUCAAAGAUGUCGUGCAUUGGAUAUCUAAUAGCGGCUUCUUUGUUGGCGAUCUGUGCGGAAGAAGUGCUCGCGCAGAACUUCAACGUGGUUUGCUACUACACCAACUGGUCCCAAUACAGGAAGGGGACGGGGAAGUUCUUCCCCGACGACAUUGACCCCUUCCUGUGCACCCACAUCAUCUACGCCUUCGCCAAACUGCAGGGCAACAUCAUCAUCCCGACUGAGUGGAAUGACGAUACUGAGUUCCCACCGGGCUUAUACGGCAGAAUGAUGACUCUGAAACAACGGAACCCAAACCUGAAGAUCCUGCUUGCAGUGGGAGGAUGGACAAUGGGGACUAAAUCCUUCUCAGAAAUGGCUUCCACAGGCGCCAACAGGGAGGAGUUUGUGUCCUCAAGUAUCAACUUCCUCCGAGCCAGAGACUUUGACGGCCUUGACCUUGACUGGGAAUACCCCGGAUGGGAGCCACGUGGAAGCCCUAAGGAGGACAAGGAUCGAUUUACGUUAUUGUGUCGGGAUCUGAGACAAGGAUUUGAAGCCGAGGCGCGCAGGUCUGGGCAGUCCCGUCUCCUUCUGACGGCAGCCGUAGCAGCAAGUCCCGCCAUAGUGGAUGCUGGAUAUGAUGUGCCCCAAAUAUCUAACUACUUGGACAUCAUAAACAUCAUGUCCUACGACUUCCACGGCGCCUGGGACUCCGUUACUGGCCACAACAGCCCCCUUUACGCCGACCCCAGAGACGGCUCGCCUAAACUGAACGUGGACUAUACCGCAAAUUAUUGGUACAUAAAGGGUGCCCCUAAGUCGAAGAUCGCCGUUGGCACCCCAAUGUAUGGACGGUCCUUCACACUGGCGAACCCCCGGAACACUGGCAUAGGUGCCGCCGUGAGGGGAGGGGGAACAGCUGGACCCGUCUCCGGGGAGAAGGGUAUCCUUCUCUUCUACGAGGUUUGCUCCGGGGUGCUCGACAGGUACACACUGUCGUAUUCAAACGCGUCCCGGGUGCCUUACGCCUACAGCGGGGAUCAAUGGGUGGGCUACGACGACAAGUCCAGCAUCGUUGAAAAGAUGAACUGGCUGAUGGCGCAGGGUUAUGGCGGCGGGAUGGUGUGGGCCGUGGACCAGGAUGACUUUAACGGGGACUCGUGUGGUGAAAAAUACCCUCUCAUGAACAUCAUUAAGAGUUGUCUCCUCGACGGAAACGGGGGAUCCCCGUGUUCUGCAAAUAUCGCACCAACAAGACGACCUACCACCCGUAGACCAACAACUCGUAGACCAACCACCCGUAGACCAACAACUCGUAGACCAACCACCCGUAGACCAACCACUCGUAGACCAACAACCCGUAGACCAACCACCCGAAGACCAACCACUCGUAAACCAACAACCCGAAGACCCACCACCCGUAGACCAACCACUCGUAGACCAACAACACGAAGACCCACUCCACCUGUCGGUGAUAACAUCUGUGCGGGCCGCAUGGCGGCGUGGCUGCCUGACCCCGUCCAGUGCACGGCCUACCACAUCUGUGUGUUCGGCAAGGACUACCGCUUCGACUGUCCCCCCGGGACUGGCUACAACGCUGCCGAGAGAGAGUGUGACUUUACUCGAUUGGUUUCAACGUGUAGAUUUUAAACAUGUUGAGCGCGUCAUAGACACUGAGUGCCAUUUGUGUAUACAUUGUAAGAGAAUAUUAUGACCGCAUGAAAAGAUCAGAGGUUUUUUUUACUGCCGUUUCAUACACCAUACACGUCAACAUAUUUGAUGAAUGUUGAUUUUAUUAUUAAUUAAUAAUUAUUUGCACUUCAUA